AUGGUUGAUGAAGUGAUGGAAAGGACUUGGCGAGAUGAUGGAUUGAAAGGGAUGAUGAAUGGCUAUAACAAGAGAUCUGCGGAAGGAUCUCUCAACACCAAACUUGUUGAUCUCAAGGAUAUUACACACCAAGAGAUGGACAAGGCUCUUAACUCGCCGACUCAAACGGCUAAGUACUCUUCCAAUGUCUUGGUUGAGCAACUUAGUUUGGACCUUGUAACUGGACCAGUUGGUAUAGCCAAAGCCUCCAAAGCUUCCUCAGGUUCAAGCUGCUCCUCCUCAGCUACAAGCUCUUCCAGCUGCUUCCUGGUCCAAGUUCCUAGCAACCUCCUCCAUAAUCAUAUCAGGAUCAUUUGUGAAAGAGACCACCGCUUGAACUAG